AUGGCUUCUGACUCAAGUCAGGUUAUCUCGGUGAAGUUAGAUGGCACCAAUUUGGUAAUAGGUAAAGAAGUUUGGAAGUAUGUUGAUUCAACGAAUCAAAUCUCAUUCCUUGGAGAAUCUGUGGCAACAGCUGCUGCUACUGUCAAUACAUGGAUUGGCGUAGUUUCUCUUGUACCAGUUUUUAGAGCAUUUUUGGCCGAUUCGUUCCUUGGCCUCUACAGAUCAGUCAUCUUUGCUUCCAUUCUCUACAUCUCAGUUGGUGCCUUAAUUUUCUAUUUCCCUUUACAUCUUUUCAGCAAUUUACAGAAUGUAACAUUUCAGGGACUUAGGUUUUUGACCCUUUCAGCAACCAUUACUCCAAUAGUGAGCAGAGGUUCGACCUCUCCUGGUAGAACCAAGAAUGAAGCAGAGCCUGAUAUGCAUAUCCAAAUUUUGUUUUUUGGCUCAUUAUAUUUGGUUGCACUAGCACAAGGAUAUAGCACAUUUCUUCAAGCCUUUGGAGGCGAUCAAUUUGAUGGAAAACGUCCAGAAGAAAGCAAAGCCAAGAGCUCAUUUUUUAACUGGUGGCUUGGCGUCAUGGGCAUUGGUCCUAUAGCAGCACACCUGAUCUUAAACUACAUCCAAGACAACAUAAGUUGGGAAAUCGGCUCUGGGAUUCCAUGUCUGGCCAUGAUUGUUGGGCUCAUCCUAUUAUUACUGGGACGUAGAACUUAUCAAUUUUCAAGCACAAUAGGUGAUGAAGGAGAGAGCCCUUGUAGCAGGAUUACUAAGCGAUUUGCGAAAGGCAUCAGUGCUUUGCACAUUGUAGAUCCAGCAUCAAGCAGUGGAGAAAGCUCUCAGAAUUACAUUUUAAUUUAUGAUCGAAUUUUUGUCCCAGCGGCAAGGAUAACAAGUUAUCUCUCUGGCAUAACAAUGCUUCAGAGAAAAGGAAUUGGCAUGGCAACAUUUCUCCUAAACAUGGUCAUUGUAGCUUUGAUUGAGAUGAGACGACUGAAAACUGCUCAAGAUUUUGGUCUGCUUGCUAUUCCAAUUGCUACAAUUCCUAUGAGCUUUUGCUGGUUGGCACCUCAAUACCUAUUACUUGGACCAGGGGAUGUGUUCAUUCGCGUAGGAAUGCAUUAA